GCGCCGUAAACUCCUACGCGUCGUCCACGCGCAUCCUACGAGAGCGACAAACGUGGUCCAAAAAGCAAGCAUCUUAUGAUUUAUAUACUUCUAAUUUAACAUUCGCAACAGAAUAUAGUGAACUAGAUUUAGUAAUUACUUCUCCGUUUUCAUCAACGUGGCAGACCGAGCUUGGGGGGGGACUAUGUUUCAUGAGGACGAAGACUGGAAUGACGCCGCCGACGUCCUCAGUCAAAGUGUUGUGAAAAAGAAGCCAGACAGCAAGCGCCCCAAUGGAAAGUCCAAACAUGUGGGAAAGAAGAGCCUCCUGCGAACGCUGCAGAGGUUGGAAUCCAUCCCGGACUGGAAGGACGACCAGCGUCAGCCUGACAGCGACAGCGACCUCGAAGCCGCUGCGCCGCACACCAAGAAGAAAAAGAAGACGAAGAAAAAGAGGAGGAACAGGACGAAACAAUCCAGUACGACCACAGAAGAGCAGGAGAACAACAUUGAGGUUAAGGAAGACAAAAGUGUAACCAAGAAGAACAAAGUGGAAAAGAAUAUUGGUGAGACGAAGGACAAAGAAGCGGUGCACAAGUCGGCCGGCGAUGCCCUGAAAUUCAACAGGCAGCAGUGGAAAAACAAAAUGAAGAACAAGAGGAAAUGUAAAAAUAAAUACCAGCAGAUCAAAGCUCAAAAGGAAGCGGAGAUGGACGAGGACGAACCUCCGGCGACCGGGUGCGCGCCUGGCACUGGCACUGGAGGCAAACCAGUGCAAGCGCCGGACAAGAAAACGCUGCCGCAGAAAAGGAAAGAGACGCACGAGGGCGCCGCCGCCGAGAAGGGCGAGGAGGACGAAUGUCCGGCGACGAGGCGCGCGCCUGUCCAUGGGGGCAAAAGAGUGCAAGCGCCAGACAAGACAGCGCUGACGCAGGAAGGGAAAGAGACGGACCGCGCCGCCGAGAGGGAUGAGGACAAACGUCCGGCGACGAGGCGCGCGCCUGUCCGUGGGGGCAAAGGAGUGCAAGCGCCAGACAAGACAGCGCUGCCGCAGAAAAGGAAAAAGACGGACCACGCCGCCGAGACGGAAGCCGUUAAAAGCGCCAAGCGGCAAAGGGACACCCCCGUCAAUGGGUCCACACGGGAUUCCCGGACAGGGCGGCAAAAAGCCGAGCUGCUCAAAGCCGAGAGGCUGAAACGCCAGCACCUGCGCAAGCUUCUCGGGGCGGCCGAGGAGCCGAGCAAGGAGGAGGAGCCCGAGAAGGAGGAGGAGCCCGAGAAGGAGGAGGAGGAGCCCGUUUGGCAGGAGGCCAAGGAUGCGCCGGAGGACCGCUCCAGCAGGUUGCGCCGGCGCAUGGAGCAGCGGCUGGAGGCGGCCCGCUUUCGCCACAUCAACCAGUUCCUGUACUGCAGCAGCAGCGGCGAGGCCAAGCGCAUGUUCCAGCAGGACCCGCCGGCCUUCGAGAUCUACCACCGGGGCUUCGCGGAGCAGGUGCGGCGCUGGCCCGCCAACCCCGUGGACGCCAUCAUCGACUACAUUCAGCGCAAGCCUCCGUCGCUGGUGGUGGCCGACUUUGGCUGCGGCGACUGUAAGAUCGCGCUCAGCGUCAAGAACAAAGUGCACAGCUUUGACUUGGUGGCCCUCUGCGACCUGGUGACAGUCUGCGACAUGGCCCACGUGCCACUGCAGGACAGGUCGGUGGACAUCGCCGUCUUCUGCCUGUCGCUGAUGGGAACCAACCUGGCCGCUUUCCUUGCCGAGGCCAACCGGGUCUUGAAAAGAGGGGGCAAGCUGAAAAUCGCUGAGGUGGCGAGCAGGUUCGACAACGUGAGGAACUUCCUCAUGGCGCUGACUAGGCUGGGAUUCAAGUUGGAGUCUAAGGAUACAGAGAACACUCAUUUCUACACGUUCGACCUCAUCAAAACGGGCGACGCGCCGCCAAACGUGAAGAAUUUCGACUUGCAGCUGAAGGCCUGCUUGUACAAGAAGAGAUGAUUUGUUCUAGAGUCACGUUUUUACAACGCAUUUGCUCAAAAUGAGGAUUUCUUUUGACAAAGGUUUUAGCGUGGACGUGUGUACAGUUGUUCAAAUAUAAACACGUUUUCUGUGUUGUUUUUAA